GGGCACCCUUCAGGUACAUCAAGAUGGCCAAGCUCAAGGCGCACGAGCUGCGCGAUAAGAGCAAGAGCGAGCUCCAAGCACAGCUGAAGGAGUUCAAGCAGGAGCUCGGAGCCCUGCGUGUUGCCAAGGUCACUGGAGGCGCCCCAAACAAGCUCUCCAAGAUCAAGGUUGUGCGGAAGUCGAUUGCGCGCGUGCUCACAGUCAUCUCACAGAACCAGCGUGAGGCUCUCCGGAAUGCCUACGCAAAGAAGAAGUACCUGCCCCUGGACUUGAGGCCGAAGAAGACCCGGGCUAUCAGGAGGAGGUUGACAAAGUACCAGGCAUCUCUGAAGACCGAGAAGCAGACAAAGAAGGACAGGGCGUUCCCGCAGCGCAAGUUUGCCAUCAAGGCCUGAUCUGUGUACAUCAUACACUAGGGAUGCAAUACCACUUGGGCACAGCUACAGACGUCUCUGUGCUUGGGGUUGCCGUUCAGCAAUGGGGGAAAGCUAGCUCAGUAUUGCGGUGCAGGCAGCACAAUGCAAAUACCCCUGCCAGACUGCCGGUGCUCUAGCACAGUUACAUGCAGCGUGUUUGCAGUGACCUUGCAGGCCAAGGCGCAAAGUUCUCAAGGACUGUAACGCAUCUACAAUACCCAUCUUUGGUACUGAUCAGAACCUGUGCUCCUGUUUCCAGCUCACUUUGGUGCCACAUGUGUGAAACCUACUUCAAAUCCCUUCGAGUACUUCUGCACACUGGCUUCUGAUGUUGGGAAUUUCAUGGGGUAGGCAAGACUACCCACGAGAUCUCCCCCAUUGGCCAUUUGGUGGACAAGAAUGCCAUCGCUCCUAAUGAUAGAUCAUUGACUGCCUGAAAACAGGAAUUUGCAUGAUCACAAUGAUUCCAUAUCUUGAGCCCGUGCUCGCUAAAGGGGUUAGCUGGUUUCAUAUGUUCACAGUCUUCUCCUGAGGUCUGAAUCCACACAGUAGCUGGUUCAUGUCUGAAGAUCUUCUAGGAUCAGUGCAGCAGAAACUUGUGAUGAUAAUCACGUACUCUGAGAAUUCCACCUGGCCUACUUCUCUUUUCC